AUGUCUUCCAAGCAGAGACCAUCCGAGUCACCAAAGAAGAAGCCCUCCCCCAAGAAGGACGAGGCAGCGGGCAAGGAUAUCCGAGGUUUCUUCAACAAAGGUGGAUCUCUGAAAAGUACAACCCAGACGUCAAAGAGUGGGUCGGGCAAGAUGCCUAUCACGAUCGACGAUAGCGAUGAUGAGCCGGCGCCUACCCCGAAGGCUUCUUCAUCCAAGCCUGCUCCAAAAUCUAGCGGGGUGUCCAAGGCAACGAGCUCGAGACCUAUCGUCUUGUCAGAGUCUGAAGACGAUGAACCCGCCCGAAAGCCCGUGGCGAAACCUGCCCCCGCCCCUACUGCCAAGCCGAAGCCGGCUAUGAGCAGGCCAUCAUUAUCCCGACCCGCUGUCAAGUCUGCGCCAAAACGCAAGACGCUCAUGUCUGAUUCCGAGUCGGAGGAAGAUGUCAAGCCUGCGCCAAAGAGGCAGAGUCUGGGGAAGAAGAAGGUUGAGGAGGAUUACAAGCCGAUGGAUGUCGAUGACGAUGAAGAGGAAGAGGGGGAAGAGGAAGAGGUCAAGCCUGCUCCCAAGAAGGCUCCAGCCAAGAAACCCGCCGCUAGUCCAGCCAAGAAGCCUACGCCGGCCAAGAAACUUGCUGCAAAGGCUGCGCCUAAACCCAGCGCUAAAGAAACUGAAGGAGAGAAAAAGGCCAACAAUUGGAAGGCCGUGGCUGCUGCUCGUGCUGCUGGACCGUCAGCCCCAGGCUCAAAAGAUAUCCCCGAAGGCGAGGGCGAUUGUCUUUCGGGGUUGACAUUUGUAUUCACUGGCGAGCUGGAGAGCCUCGGGCGAGAAGAGGCACAAGAGCUGGUCAGAAGAUUCUCCGGCAAAUGUACCACCUCUCCGUCCGGCAAGACCUCUUUCGUAGUCGUCGGUGCCAAUGCGGGUCCUUCCAAACUGGCCAAAAUCAAGGAGAAGAACAUCCCGAUGCUUACUGAAGAUGAAUUCAUCGAGCUCGUCCGCCAGCGUUCGAACGGUGUAGGAGUAGAGGUGGAUCCGGCUACCCUGGAAAAGGCACAGAAGGCGAGGGAGAAGGAGGCAAAGAAGAUUGAGGACCAGGCGAAGGAGAUGGAGGCGAGGGAGAAGAAGGAAGAACAGGAGCGAAAGAGAAAGGAGAAGGCGCUGGGGCAGCAGGGUAUGGCUGUCAAAAAAAUCGCUCCCCCCUCAUCCCAACUCUGGACCACUAAAUACGCUCCUGCUGCCCUCAAAGAGAUUUGCGGUAAUAAAGCCCCCGUUGAGCGUCUUGGCAAAUGGCUCGAAGACUGGGACGCCAGCUACAAAGUCAAUUUCAAGAAACCCGGCAAGGACGGCAUGGGCACUUAUCGGGCUGUACUCAUCUCUGGCCCGCCGGGUAUUGGCAAGACGACAUCGGCCCAUUUGAUGGCCAAGAAUGCGGGCUACACACCUCUGGAGCUCAAUGCGAGUGAUACGAGGAGUAAAAAGCUGAUUGAGAAUGAAACGAAUGUGGACAAUAGAAGUUUGGAUGGCUUCUUCAAGGGGCAAGGCAUAGGUGAGGCGAAUGUGGCGGGUAUGAAAAUCACGAGCAAGACUUGUUUGAUCAUGGAUGAGGUGGAUGGUAUGUCGGCAGGUGACAGAGGAGGUGUUGGCGCUCUCAAUACGCUGAUCAAAAAGACCAAGAUUCCCAUGAUCUUGAUCUGCAACGACCGAUCACUGCAAAAGAUGAAGCCUCUCCAUGUCACUACUUUCAACAUGACAUUCAAGAGACCGACACCUCCAGAGAUCCGUUCUCGAAUCAUGUCUAUCCUUUACAAGGAAAAGCUCAAGAUUCCCAGCAAUGUGGUCGACGAACUGAUCAAAGGUGUCGGAUCGGAUAUACGUCAGGUCUUGAAUAUGCUCUCGACCUUCAAGCUGAGCAAGAGCGAGAUGGACUUUGACGAGUCCAAGGAAUUGAUCAAGGUCAAUGAGAAAAACACCAUCAUGACCCCUUUCACUCUUACCGACAAGCUGUGCAAUCCAUAUGCCUUCUCCAAGACCAACAAGGAUACGUUAUCCGACAAAAUGGAGCUCUACUUCCAAGACUUUAGCUUCAUGCCGCUGUUCAUACAGGAACACUACCCCAAAACCAACCCUUCCAAGCUUCAAAACUUGAAUGGCCGCGAAAAGGACCUGAAGAGUCUCGAGCUUCUCUCCAAAGCAGCCGACUCGGUUUCCGAUGGCGACCUCGUCGACCGUAUGAUUCAUGGAUCCGAACAGCAAUGGUCACUCUUACCAUUCCACGCGGUGGUAUCGACUGUGCUGCCAGCAUCGUUGAUCUAUGGGGCCAUGAGGCCUAGUGGAGGUGGUUAUGGAAGCUGGGGACCUGCUUUCCCUCAAUGGCUAGGCCAGAAUUCGAAGCAGACCAAGCUCGGUCGUCAGCUUACUGAUAUCCAGAUCCGCAUGCGACUUCGGGCUUCGGGCAGUAGGUCGGAGAUCCGUGAGCAAUACAUGCCUAUGCUUGCCAACAAGAUUGUCAUGCCUAUCGUCGAGAACGGGGCUGACGCUUUGGACGAGACGAUCGAUUACAUGGACGGCUACUUCCUGGGAAAAGACGACUGGGAUGCCUUUGUCGAGCUGGGAGUCGAUACGAUGAAGGAAGACUUGAUCCUCAAGAAGAUUCCUGGUGCGACCAAGUCUGCUUUCACCAAGCAGUACAAUAAGCAGGACCACCCGAUCGCUUUCCACAAGUCAGACAUGUUUGCUGUCAGCAAGAAAAAGAUUGCCGACCAAGGACCUGCGCCGGAUAAUGAGGAUGUCUUUGAGGGAGAUCAGCCUGUACCGGAUGACCCUGAUGAUGACAAGGACGACGAUGAUGCGGACGUGACCAAAGACAAGUUGGUGAAGGCGGUCAAGCCAAAGGGCAAGGGCAAGGCGGCGGCUGCGAAACCAAAAGCAAAGGCUCCAGCGAAGAGCAAGGCCAAGAAGUGA